AUGAACACCUUGGCACAACUUGCAAAGGCUUCGGAGACACAAACAGCAAUGCUGGCUAGUCUCAAGGAAGACCUUCUCCUUGGUACUGACUCAGACGAGGAUGGAGAGGCCGUUCAGAGCCUAAAUGACUACGUUGAUCUCAACGCCGCCUUAACUGAUGUGCUCGACCUGAGCGACACGCAUACCAGUACGACCGCGGUGGCGAAACCUGCAUCAUGCCCUGACUCAGGGUCGCAGGAUGACAUUUUGGAAAGCCUGACUCAGGCAUUUGUGCAAACCAAAGAGAAAUCUCCUGCGAUAGCAGAAAAAAUUGCUGGUUUAAUUGACAUCAUGGUUACUGAGGUCUCUCACCAAACACAAUCAAAGAACGAGUUGAAAAAUAUCCUCCUCCAGAAAAUUGUAAAUUCCUGUCCACCACCACCGUUAACAAAGAAAUUUGGGAUUUGCUGCCACGACACAGCAGAACGGUUGACCUAGCUUUCCAGUGAGUUCAAGAACCGCUUGUUCAGGGUUUGUCAGCCCUGUCUAUUUUAGGAGACCAGUUGGUAAAGGACCUUCACGCUGGCAAAACAUUAAAUACUCGUCAGAUCUUGGAUCACGUGAUGGAUAGCAUUGCUCUUCUAGCUAAUGCCAAUUUUAAACUCAAUAUGGCACAGCGAGAGUUGAUAAAACCGGAACUUAACCCUCCAUACAACCCUCCUGUGUAAAGAUGAAAUUAAACCUUCAACAAAAUUGUUUGGAGAUGAUUUAUCCAAACAUUUGAAGGAUAUGGCUGAGGCAAAGAAAGUUGGCCGACAAAUGCAGAAAACUUCUGAAACUCGAACGGCAAGUCAAGGCUAUUUCAAGGCAGGAUGGCAGAAAUUUCGCCGUCCAAACUUUAAACCUUAUGACAGACCAUCCAGUCAGAAAACUUCUCAGCAGCGUCCUUUUUUAGGCUACAGCCGGGCACAGAAGAGUGCCCAGAAAAAGCCAAGUCAACCCACCAACAAAACCCAGUAGAAACACAGGUAAGAGAAAACUACCCAACUCCUAUUGAUAAAGCAAAUCUGUCUCAAAGGGUUGCUAAUUUCUCGGCUGGAGGGUUACAAGACUAUGUUGAAGGUUGGAAGUCACUGACUACUGACCCUGUCAUAUUAGAUGCUAUAAAGCACGAUCACAUCGAGUUUGGGGAUGUUUCUCCUCAGGUUUACCAGCCAAAACAAAUGCCAUUUUCUCCUUCUGAAAGGGAGAUCAUUACUGAGGAAAUCACCAAGCUCCUCGAUAAAGGAGUCAUUGAACAAAUAGACUGUGUCCAGGGUGACUUUAUCUCUACCAUGUUUGUGCGUCCCAAGAAAGAUGGCACUUUUAGAAUGAUUUUAAAUCUUAAACAACUCAACGAAUUUGUAUCCUAUUACCAUUUUAAAAUGGAUACGAUUCAGACAGCCCUCAAAGUCGUGUCCCGGGUGCUUUAUGGCAUCGGUAGACCUUAAGGACGCCUAUUAUUCUGUUCCUAUUGCAUUAGAGGAUAGGAAAUACUUGAAAUUUGAGUGGCAAGGUAGCUAUUUUCAAUAUACCUGUUUGCUCAAUGGCCUGGCUUGUGCUCCUCGCCUAUUCACAAAAAUAUUAAAACCAGUCUACUCUCAUCUCAGAUCUUUGGGUAAUAUCUGUAUGGGGCAUAUAGAUGAUUCAUUUCUCUUGGGAUAUAAUUAUACUGCCUGUGCCACUAAUAUACAGGACACUGUUGAUACCUUCCUUAGUCUGGGUUUGUGGUUCACCCAGAAAAGUCAGUCCUGAUUCCAACACAAGAAUGGAAUUUCUUGGCUUCUUGCUGAAUAGUAUAAACAUGACAAUCCGACUCCGACCCGUUAAAGCGGAACGUGUAUGGCUAGCUUGCCAGAGUUUACUGGACAAAAGUCAAAUGACUAUUAGAGAAGUGGCACAAGUUAUAGGGUUGAUGGUUUCUAGUUUCCCUGCCGUUCAGUUUGGGGAACUAUACUAUAGGGCCCUAGAAAGGAAUAAAAUUCUUGCUCUGCAGGAAAGUAGGGGCAAUUAUGAUGCACCAAUGUAUCUUUCAAAUGAAUCUAGAUCAGAGAUAGCUUGGUGGGUGAACAAUGUAGACUCUUCCUUUAAACCUAUUUUCCAGGGAGACCCCGAC